ACUCCAAUUACAAAGACGUGAUAUAUUAUAUUUGCCUUGUUUUGCAUAUCAAGUGAAUUUAUAUGUAGCUGAUAUUUUUAAAAGUAAUCCAGAUUAUGUAAAAGUAGCAACAAAUGCUUGUUCACUUCUUUCUUUUUUUAAUGCAUCAACUUAUUGGCUUGGACAAUUUCGAUAUAAGCAAGUACUUGCUUAUAACAAAUACCCUGCAUUAAUUCAUCCUGGUGAAGCAAGAUAG